AUGAGGCCUACUAACGAUAGGAAUGUUACAGAUGAUGAACUCUUGGAAGAAAUUAUUUUUGAAGAUGAGAGUAUAUUUAUUGGUGUUCUUCCUAUUGGCACCUCGAUCAACAUUUUUCAGAAGCCUUCCACCUCCAAAGCUCAUUUCCAUUUGGGAUUCACUUCUUCCUUGGAAGCAUCUGGUGAAAAUGUUGCAUUUGAGAAAAAUGAUGUUGUUCCUCAUCCUCCAGAAAAAACACCUAUAUGUCAUCAAGAUUCUCCUACUCAAGAAGCUCCACACGAUGCUGACAAGAGCAAAGAUGUUGUUGAUCAUAAGUCAGAAAGUUCCACCUCAGAUACUGGUUCCUACGACGAAAACAUUGCAGAUCCAUUUGCAUUGCUGGAACUCUGA